AAAGAUAAAAUUAGAAGUUUAACUGAGAUAAGCCACAAGUCCGUUUUAGAUAUUAAAGUGUUCAUGUGAGGACUGACCAUGAAGCUCCUUCUAGUCAUCAUCUCCACCAUAUCCUUGGGCGCUAUAUCUUAUGGCAAAGACAUUGGUGUAUGCAAGUGUAUCGGCUACGUGAUAGAUAAAGAUGGUCUUGACGAAGAAGACAGAAUCGAGGCAGAUUCCGAAGAGUUUAUGUCUGUCACUUGCGACAAAGAAGGAAUUGAGGAAUGCAAGUUAUUUUGCAUGGAAGUUAUUCCACAAGCAACUCGUGACCUCGAUCUGGACUUUCAACCGGAAGGCCUAGCAGUCACACUAGGCCAGUUCAUUUGUGAACUUCUAGAAACCAGAAAAUUCUCAGGAUACCGCACAGCUCUAUUUGCUUCCGCAUGUGGGAAAGAAAUUGACACCGGUCUUCGUUCUAAGGAAACACUAUGUUGUGACUAUGGAAAACGAUGUUAGAGAUAUGAAAUAAAAUAAUUACUUUCAACCGGCUAUACUUUUAAAUAAAUAAUAAACUAAUAUGGGUGAGGAAGGUCAAUAAAGAAUU